GGGACCACUGACAUUGACAACAACAGCGUCACUCUUAUCUGUACCGGUUGUGAGAACAAGUUUCCCAAUCUGUUGGUCUUGAAUCUGUUCGCCUUGAUUUCCCAACGUGUGUGUGAGCUUUUUUGGAUCUCUUUGCGGACUUUGGUCAACGUAGCCUCCGUCGUCUUCCUCCCGGGCUCUCGGUCUUCGCCUCUCGGCCAACGUGACUAUCCUCUUGGUUCCGCCAAGAUCCUGCUGUCUGGGUAGCCUCUCACUUUGCUCGACAGCACCCUCCGUACCGCAAACUGCCGGCUCUCGGUCUUCGUCUCUCGGCCAACGUGACUAUCCUCUUGGUUCCGCCAAGAUCCUGCUCUCCGUAGCCUCUCACUUUGCUCGACAGCACCCUCCGGACCGCAAACUGCCGGCUCUCGGUCUUCAUCUCUCGGCCAACGUGACUAUCCUCUUGGUUCCGCCAAGAUCCUGCUCUCCGUAGCCUCUCACUUUGCUCGCCAGCACCCUCCGGACCGCAAACUGCCGGCUCUCGGUCUUCGUCUCUCGGACAACGUGACUAUCCUCUUGGCUCUCACUUUGCUCGCCAGCUCCCUCCGUACCGCAAACUGCUCCAGAGUAUAUUGAACUCCGACAACAAACAAAAUGGCGUCUCUAGGCAACUUGUUCAUCACCUUGGUGGUUGGCUUCGCUGCAAUUUCAUCUGUGAAUGGUCAAGUUUUGUUCUUGGCUGCUAGUGGGCUAGGUAUCAGUACUGCGUUCACAACUUACUACCUGACUGGACAAAGUACAUCACAGAUUGGAACACUGUAUUUACCAUAUUGCCUGGCUCGACAGGCUACUGGUUCACUUAUUCAACUGACUAACACUAACACUGGUGUGGUUGUUGGUGAACAUACCCAACCAUUUGAUCAGAGUGGCACCGCUGACAGUACAAUUGUUGGAUGGGACACUACCCAACACUCCACUCUCAACUCAAGCUACACUGGACUGUACAGUUGUACAUCGGAUGUAACGGGUUGGAUGACAGCACGACAGACCUAUCAACUGCAUGUCGUGGUUCCUCCCACAACGCCGGUACUUGAAACUCCAGUGUCAGUGUAUAACGACACUCUAUACAACAUCAACUGUACCGGUCAAGGAUACCCAGCACCUACAGUGACAUUGAUGGUCAACAAUGUGGUAAUGACAGGCACUGCUACCAGCAAUUGUACUGCUGGUGUUUGUACAAAUACACGAACAGUAUCACUAGAUGGUAGUACCUACACACCUGGCCAGUCCAUCAACAUUGCCUGUACUGUGGAUAUCAACCAACCACCAUUCACCUGUACUGGUCCUAAGAAUUCAACAUUACAGGCACAGUGUAAUAAUACUGCCAAGACCAGCGCACACACAACAACUGUUCCUGUAGUUGCCACACACUGCCCAGCUGUAGGCAACACAACCACUACCAAUUCCAUUCCCAGGUUGGCAGUGGGUACGUCAAGAUAUGUUGCAUGCAAUACUGGCUACUCAUCUGGCAAAACAGGGCACAAUACCAGCUGUGUGUCGAACGGGACGCUUACACACCAACCAGAUUGCAAAGAUAUCGAUGAGUGUAACACCAUGUGUAAUGGUUCAUCAUCACAAUGCAACAACACUUUGGGAAGCUUUUUAUGCACCUGUGAUCCUGGAUUUACUGGUGAUGGAUUUAAUUGCACAGACGCAUCUACGCUUGAAGAAAGCAAUUUAGCCCCAGCUUUGAACGAAUCCGCAACAAGCACGUUAGCCCCAACUUUGAACCAAUCCGCAACAAGCACGUUGAACCAAUCCGCAACAAGCACGUUGAACCAAUCCGCAACAAGCAUGUUAGCCCCAGCUUUGAACCAAUCCGCAACAAGCACUGUAGCCCUGUUAUCAGAUGGUGGUGCAGACCCAACGUCAUCUGUGCCUGAUAUUGGGGAAACCCCCGCCCAAUCCGACUCAGUUAUGAGUACUGGGAGCACGACAACUUUCAACAGCACAUUGGAUAUUCCUAAUGGAAAGUCAAGCUUAACCGGUGGUCAAGUGGCAGGCCUAGUCAUAGGCACCUUGCUGCUCGUCGCAUUGAUUGGAGGCAUUGUGUUCACUCUGGUAAAGAAACAGUCUCCUGGAUCUGGGAAACAUAUUUCUAUGACAGAGAUGAAUGCUUAAUGACUCCAACUGGAGUGCCGGAACAGUGGGAAGACUUUCUACAAGCCUUAGCAAGUGGAAAAAGCUGACGACCAGUUCCGGCCAUUGUUAGCAUUCCUGUAGUGUUACACCACGCAUACACAUGCAUGCAUAUGUCAACACACCUAUACACAAUUAUUAUGCAUGACUGUAAGAGGUAAUAAUCAGUACGCAUUUCACACGAUGUAACCUGAUGCCUUGAUUUCAUUUCGUGUUGGAACUUCUCUGUACUUUGAUGCUACUUGCAUGAAGCUAAUCUUGGCCUAAGGAUAUGUUGGUAGGAAAUAUUGAUAAGGAAACUUAGCAUUGAUUGAAUUGAAGCAUGCACGAUUUCAGGUUUGUCUAUUAUGACGGUUUACCUCUUCUGGUGGUCCAUCAGGUUUGUUGCCUUUGAUUUAUUGUCAAUGUCGCUGCAUUCAGCUUCAACAAAGUUGAUGGUUUAUUACUAUUCGAGUGAGCAUUCGUACAACACAUAGUGCUUAUAGUAGAUGCAUUUCCAUUGAUAUCUGUGAAGGAGUAUUUUCGUCGUGCAUUAUUGCAUUUUGCCUCCAAGUCUGUUAAUCAGUAAUCGCAAACCUGUAAUUUCGUUGAUUAAUGUCGCUGCACUCAGCUAGAACGCAGUUGGUUGUCCAUUGAUCGGAGAGAGCAUUCUUACAGCACAUAGUGCCUAUCGUAGAUGUAAUUCCCCUGAAAUCUGUGAAGAAGUAUAUGCUCUGUGCGCUGUUACAUUUUGCCUCCGAGUACGUUAGUUUGUCAUUAGGAGUCUAUACUUUUGUUGAUACAAUAAUAUCGUUGCACUCAGCAAGAAUAAUUGAUUUUCAUCCAUAUUGGAGUGAGCAUUCUUACAACACGUGGUGCCUAUCGUAGAUUCAAUUCCACUGGUAUCUGUGAAUAAGUAUAAUUCUCAAUGCACUAUUACAUUUCGCCUCCAAGUCUGUUGCUAGUAGUUUGCUAUAAAAAAAUCGGGUAC